AAAAUGAAAAGUGCGAGUAGCAUGGGACGGAGGGAGUACUUUUUUUCGUCACAAUGUGGUUGAGUUUAUAUUCUUUUUUCAACUGGUGUAGUACUGAAGUCAUUUUCUUUUAUAUAGCAAAAAAUCAAUAAAUUCUAAUUGCCUUUAGUAUUUUUUAAUUAGUUAUUUUUAUUCUAUCAGUAAGUUAAUUUUCUACUAUAAAAUUAUUUAUUUAUUCUUUUUACAAUAAUCCUACCUCGUGACCCAUUAGUUCCGGUUGAUUUGAUUUGCCAUUUAUAUCCCACCGGAUUCUACACGCUCCAACAACAACUCGAAUUCAAUUCAAAAGAAAUUCCUAAGCAGUGAGUUGUGAAGACUGUGUUUUUAAGAAAUCAACUGCGUUCUGAUUGCAUAUAAACUGUUUGUGUGUUUGCGCAAGCGGAAUUCCUUACUCUUCAAGAAUUUAUCGAAUGGAAGCUUCAAACCCAGAUAUACCGCUGCCACUAGAUAAAUUAUCCCUCAAAUCUAUCGAGAAAGAUAGUUUAUCAAGCUCUGUUGCCAAGGGGAAGAUUUUUGUAGUUUUGGUUUCAACUGGAAGUUUCAAUCCUCCUACAAACAUGCACUUGCGUUGUUUCGAGUUGGCUAAAGAUGCUGUAAAUUCUCAAGGGUUUUGUGUUAUUGGAGGUUACAUGUCACCUGUAAACGAUUCGUACAAGAAGAAGGGUCUUAUCCGUGCAGAGCAUCGUAUUGCUAUGUGCAAUCUUGCUUGCAGAAGUUCUGAUUUUGUUAUGGUGGAUCCAUGGGAGGCAAGUCAGAGCUCGUACCAACGCACAUUGACAAUUCUGUCUAGAGUUAGGUCUUCAUUAUGCGACAGUGGAAUUGUAUCCAGCGAGUCACUUAAAGUCAUGCUCGUAUGUGGUUCUGAUCUCUUAGAAUCAUUCGCCAUUCCCGGAUUCUGGGUCCGCGAGCAGGUCAAGAGUAUCUGUAGGGACUUCGGAUUGGUAUGUAUAAGGAGAGGGGGCCAAGACGUCGAGCAUAUUAUAUCCAAGGAUGAUAUUUUGGAUGAAUACAAGAAUAAUAUCAUGGUCGUGGAUGAAGUGGUGCCAAAUGGGAUCAGUUCGACUGGAUUGAGAGAUUGCAUUUCGAGAGGAUUAUCAGUCAAGUAUUUGACAGGAGAUGAAGUUAUCAAGUAUAUCAAACACAACGGGUUAUACGUUCAAAAAAACGAAGAUGAUUGAAUCUGAUUCAUUUAUAACAGCAUUGGUUUCUUAUGCUGGAAAUAAACUGCUUGGUUGAAACUGUAUCUUCUUAGCCUUCAUCUCUUCUCUUAAAUAGAGUUUUGAGUUUUUUAGAAAUAUGUCAAUGUGGAUUAUGAGUCCCCCCCCCACACAUAUAUAUAUAUAUUAGUUUUAUAAUAAAAUGUUGGUAGAAUUGAUUGGUGGAAUGUGGAGUCUACUUACCAUUUAUUGUAAAAGUGAAAUGUGACUCUUAUUGCGGGACGGACCGAAAUGGCUAAAUGUGACACUUAUUGUGAGAGUGAUGUGGUAUGUAAUAUAUGGAGUAGUUAUGUUAUCUAUGAAUUAAUAGUCCAUUUGUUUUAUCAUGAAA